AUGGAACAAGGUUUUGUUAAAGCAAAUUCCUCUAAUUUGCCCAGGAUUGAUUUGUUAAUGUUAGGAGAGUUUCUUUCAUCAAAUAAAGACUUUUGUUCAUCUGAAUUUCGAAAUGUGAAAACUUCCUUAUCCUCACGACCGUUAUAUGCUAUUAGCUAAGUGCAACUUAAACGCGAAGGGAAAAUUUGCACUGUGUAAUGCCAAAUUGGCCCAGAGCACAAAGUCCAUGCCAAGUUGUUUGUAGUCACAUUGACAGUUGAUGAAGAUCAGGAAAAAGUAACAUCCAUUGAAUGCCACGUUUGUGUUGCUGUUCAAGGACAAGCACUACUUAUGUGGGUCCAUCGCAGAAGCGAAGAACCAUCUUGUACAAUUGUACAAUACUAUUGGCUAGAAUCACUGUCCAGAGUUGGUACUACACUGAAAUUGAUUACAGCAAAGGGCUUGUCAAACGGUAGCCCUAACAUUCCAUCUAAUCCCACAGUGUUGGAUUUUUUUUUAGAAGAAGCUAAAAAACGAAAACUUAGUGAUUGUGAGUUACUGAGGUAUCAACCGGACCAUGUAUGUAGUAAUGAAAUACUUAGGACAUCAAUGCAUCAACUUAUACUGAAGUAUAAAGAAAAAUGCUGUGAGACAUUUUUAGAUAAAAUAAAUUUGACUUAUGACAUCAUAAAUAAAAUUGAAAAUGAGACACGAGAUCAGUACAAAAAUAGCCUUUGGUUCGAAUUGAGAUAUGUCCGGAUUACAGCAUCUAGGGCUUAGGAAGUCGGUCGGUGUCAAAAAGGUGAUGGAACACUGAUGUCACUCAUCAGGGGGGGGGGGGGGGGGGGGGGAAUCUAAGACACACCAGCUAUGAAACGAGGUAUAAGUUUAGAAGAUGAAGUGUGGGUAACAGUGCGUAAGAAACUGGGGAAAAAAAUUAAGAGUUGAGGACUAAUAAUAUCCAAAAAAUAUCCAAAGUUAGCUGGUUCACCUGAUGGCAUUUAUCAAGAUAUAAUUCUUGAGAUUAAGUGCCCCAUGAGCGAAAAAACCUUUUGUAACCAUAUAAAAAAUGGGAAACCCACUAGCAAAUGUUAUGCCCAGGUGCAAAUGCAAAUGUAUUUGAGUGGACUAAAAAAAUGUUAUUUUUGCGUGGCAGAUCCUAAUUAUAUUAUAAAUAAAAAACUUGAAAUUUUAUUGGUAACAUUUAAUGAACAAUAUGUGUCAGAUUUUAUUGAAAGUGUGAUUACAUUCUGGAAAUCAUAUGUAUAUCCAUUGUUAUAUAAAGGUACAAAAAAGUAA